CCACAUAAACUCUAUAACUGUCGAACGAAAUAGAAUUGGGCCACACUUCCACCAUCACAGCUCGUGAGUUCGCUCUGAUCGCACAGUUCGCAGUGACUCCUCUGCAAAGCUUUCUUUGGGAAAUUUUGGUGUUGAGAGGAAAACUUAACUUAUCUGAAGACUAUCUAUGGAGGGGGAAGAGGAUCAGGUGAAGAAGGAGAGGGUGGUAGAGGCAAGAGCAAGAAAUAUCAGCCACAAUGUCAGGUGUACAGAGUGUGGCAGCCAGUCCAUUGAAGACUCUCAAGCUGACAUUGCCAUUCUCCUCAGGAAGCUAAUUCGGGAUGAAAUUCGAGAUGGGAAGUCUGACAAGGAGAUCUACAGAAAGCUUGAGGAUGAUUUUGGUGAGACAGUACUUUAUGCCCCAAAAUUUGAUAUGCAGACGUCUGCUUUAUGGCUCUCUCCGCUACUAGUUGCUGGGGCUGCUGGAGGCAUGUGGGCUUACAAGAAGCACAGGCAGAAGACUAACGUGCACAUUAUGGUUCUGAAUCUCGUUCGAGGAUUUCCAUUAACACCAAAGGAGAAAGAAACUAUGCUUGAGGUCCUCACACCCCCUCCUGGAGGAACUUCGUCCUCCAGUUGGUGGAGAAGAUGGCUUCAACAGUGAAAGUUUCUUUAACCUACCAUCACUUGUAGUCUAUUUUUCUGCUGUAAUAUCUCAAACUGCCAGCUAGUCGAGGUGCCACCCUAUCCAUCAUUUCGCAUUGGCGUGUUUGAAUUGGUCAUUGUGAUUACACAUUUUUCCAAGGUUAUACCCUGAAAUAAGUUAUUGAUCUUAUUGUACAAAAAAGUACAACUUGAUCAUGAGCUGACUUCACAAUAAUGCUUCUAACAUUAUUUUGUGAUAGAGUAUCUUAGUAUAUAUUAUUCCAUUUGUCUUC